AUGUACAAGAACCGUUUGCAAGAGUACACUCAAAAAUCAUCCAUUCCACUUCCAGUUUAUGAAACAAUUAAUGAAGGAGGAGUUCCACAUGAGCCAAGGUUUAGGUCCACUGUCCGAGUGGAUGGAGCAUCAUAUACAUCUCAUGAUGUAUUUUCACAACGAAAGGCUGCAGAGCAAGAUGUUGCCAGGGUGGCAUUGGAUGAUCCUCCGGAACUCGCAAUGUACAAGAACCCUUUGCAAGAGUUCAUUCAAAAAUCAUCCAUUCCACUCCCAGUUUAUGAAACAAUUAAUGAAGGAGGAGUUCCACAUGAGCCAAGGUUUAGGUCUACUGUCCGGGUAGAUGGAGCAUCAUAUACAUCUCAUGAUGUAUUUUCACAACGAAAGGCUGCAGAGCAAGAUGUUGCCAAGGUGGCAUUGGAUGAUCCUCCGAAACUCGCAAUGUACAAGAACCCUUUGCAAGAGUCCACUCAAAAAUCAUCCAUUCCACUCCCAGUUUAUGAAACAAUUAAUGAAGGAGGAGUUCCACAUGAGCCAAGGUUUAGGUCCACUGUCCGGGUGGAUGGAGCAUCAUAUACAUCUCAUGAUGUAUUUUCACAACGAAAGGCUGCAGAGCAAGAUGUUGUCAGGGUGGCAUUGGAUGAUCCUCCGGAACUCGCAAUGUACAAGAACCCUUUGCAAGAGUACACUCAAAAAUCAUCCAUUCCACUCUCAGUUUAUGAAACAAUUAAUGAAGGAGGAGUUCCACAUGAGCCAAGGUUUAGGUCCACUGUCCGGGUGGAUGGAGCAUCAUAUACAUCUCAUGAUGUAUUUUCACAACGAAAGGCUGCAGAGCAAGAUGUUGUCAGGGUGGCAUUGGAUGAUCCUUCGGAACUCGCAAUGCACAAGAACCGUUUGCAAGAGUACACUCAAAAAUCAUCAAUUCCACUCCCAGUUUAUGAAACAAUUAAUGAAGGAGGAGUUCCACAUGAGCCAAGGUUUAGGUCCACUGUCCGGGUGGAUGGAGCAUCAUAUACAUCUCAUGAUGUACUUUCACAACGAAAGGCUGCAGAGCAAGAUGUUGGCAGGGUGGCAUUGGAUGGUAUAACACAAAAGAUACUUAUUCGUGAGGUUUGUGUGUUGAAUUCACCCAUGGGAAGGCAACCAACCAAGUCAAGAAUGGCAGCUACCAUGGUUGACAAUUGGUUGGCAAGAAAUGCGGACAGGCCACCAUUGUUGACACUUGAGGAGAAGCCAUCAUAG